AUGACUGAAGCAGCACCGCCAUACGAUGUUCUGUUUUUAGACAGGUCUCAAAACCAGUCCAACCCUCUGCCGACUCAAAACGACAUUGAUGGAUCCGAAGGGCUCGUCAUCAAAUUCGGCGUUCAUGUUCACCCCAUCGAGGGCCACAACAUGCUUUACGUAGGAAAGCUCACGACGGUGCCGGUCCCCAAGCCAUACGUCAUUUAUCAGCAUCGAAAACAGCAGAAAGUAAUCACGUACAUCGUGAUGCAAGACGUGGCGGGUACGACGCUUGUUGACCUAUGGGGCGGCCUCGACCAUGCUCGGAAAACGGCAAUCGUCAUGACCCUCCGGACAUAUUUCGAUCAACUCCGACAACUGCCACACCCGGGCUACUUUGGCAACAUUGAAGGCUGA